AUGUGUAUAGGAGAUUUGAAAGUGCUCAACUUCACUCAAAAGUUAGAUCACUUUGGAUUCGACGAGGAGCUAAGCAACCUCACCUUUCCGCAGUUGUUGCUCGUCGACGACAAACGGUGGGGAGGACCUGGGGCUCCCAUCUUUGUAUUAUUCGGGGGGGAGAAUGGUCAGACGUUUCCCCCAGAAAACUAUGGGAUUUUGAAUUUAAGUGCCAUUGAGUUUAAAGCCAUGCUUGUUAAUAUACAGCAUCGCUUCUAUGGUGAUUCAGUACCAUUGGGGUCAAUCGAUAUGGCCAUGGCGGAUGAGCGAGUUAGAAAAUUCUUAGCCACAGACCAAACUCUAGAAGAUUACUCAGUAAUCAUCCAAAGCGUCAAGGCUAACUACUCUGCUCACAAAUCACCCGUUAUUGUUGUGGGUAUGGGUUAUGCUGGAGCAUUAGCAACAUGGUUUCGGUUGAAGUACCCGGAGAUCACUAUUGGAGCAUUAGCCUCAUCCACUCCACUAAUGUACUAUGGUAAUAGUACUCCCGGGGAUGGGUAUUGUUCCAUAGUAAGCAAGGUCUUUCAGGAUUUUGACUCACAAUGCUAUGAGUCGAUACGGAAAUCCAAAAAGUUAUAUGAUGAUAUUGCCUCACAACCUAAUGGUUUGGCACAUCUCAGCCAUAUUUUUAACACAUGCCGGCCUUUACAAUCUGCGGAUGAGAUCACAUACUUGUUAGCACAAAUAUAUUCGGGUAGCGUACAAUACGAUGAUGUUAAUCAGAUGGAGCUUAAAACUAUUUGCCAUUUUAUAAAUAAUGAGGGUGGUUCGAUUCAAGGAUAUAGAAGCGCAUUGUAUGAAGAAUUGGAGUGUGGAGAAGGUUGUUUUGACGCCACUUUUAUAGAAGUUAAUUCUCCUUUCGAGCCUCCUUCAAAUUUAACAACAGCUUGGGCAUGGCAGAAAUGUACUGAGCUGAUUUUCCCUGUCGGAUGCGCAAAACCUACCAUGCUUCCGGCCAAACCUUUUGAUAUGACCCAAUUUACGACAUCAUGUCAAAAGAGGUUUGGAAUUGUUCCACGACCCCACACACCCAUAAGCUUCUUUAAGGCUCGUAAUGUAGAAGAAUCACUCAGUGGAUUCGGAGGAAAUAUCAUAUUUUCCAAUGGACUUCGAGAUCCCUAUUGUAGUGGAGGGAUAUUAAAGGACUUAUCAAAAACAAUUGUUGCAAUUACCGCCGAAAAAGGAAAUUAUGCUUGGGACAUGUUCACCCUUGAUUAUGGAAAUGAUCCUAAAUGGUUGAAAGAGAAGAGAGAAGAAGAAUUAAAGAUAUUCAGACAUUGGAUCAACCAUUUUCAUCAUAUCAACGUGGGAUAUAGGAUUUCAUGUUGUACUUUUGUUGUAUAUUUCUUAGAAGUUCUAAUUCUUUACUUGUGUACAUAA